ACAGAGCUUUUUCCAGCUUUGCAUAGUUAAUUAAGCUUAGUUGUGCACAGAAAGAAAAAGCCAUGAAGGGUUGCAAUGUUACUGUCAUCGCAGUUCUCCUUGUUCUUCUUUUAGUUCCAGCUGCCAUGUCUGCUAGGCACAUAGCUCGCCCUCACUCACGUCAUGUACGUAAUCUGCGUUCUUCAUCUGCGGUACCAACAAGUACUACUAUGACCGCAACAAAAGAUCAUCGGAGUACUCAUGUGGCUGCAGGAAAAUUCCUCAGAAAGGGGCCGGACACACUCCAAGUGGCAGGCUCUUCGCUACCGGAUUGUUCACACGCCUGCGGAUCUUGCACGCCCUGUAGACUGGUGAUGGUGAGCUUCGUUUGCGCGUCGAUAGAGGAAGCUGAGACUUGCCCCAUGGCUUACAAGUGCAUGUGUAAUAACAAGUCUUACCCCGUUCCGUAAACGUGAUCUUCAUUAAUGAACUGAGUGAUCCAAUGUCAAUUGUAGGCAGUUUAAUUAGCUAGCUAGUUAGAGUAGUAAACACUAACAUAUGUUUGCUUAUAGGCUUUCUUUUUGGACGUCCACUUUCUUUGCUAGCUCCUCUGUGUAAUCAG